UAUACAAUAGAUACAAAGUUUCAACAUAACCACAAUCAAACAAAAAAUCAUCCGCAACUUCCAAAGUAUCACGCAUACCCGUUGACCUUGUCCAGCCUACAAAGACUCAAAUAUAGUGCAGUAGAGAUUUGGUUGAGAGUGCUCCAAGCAACUAACCCCAACUGAUUUAAAUAAGGCACACUAAAAGUCAGAGCAGCCGUUGUCAGUGUAAGUGUAAGCAUGAACAUGCUCUUACGGCGCAAUUCCAGUCAGCUGCGCCUAUUGGCAGCAGCAGCUGCGCGUUCAGUUUCAGCACAGGUGCAACUUGUUCGCUCGUCAUCUACUGAUAAUGAUUCGUCAGCAAUAACACCGAUAACUCCGUCAACGCAUGCCAUCGGUAAAACAAAUAUAACCCGGAAGCCAAGCCAUGUGGCCGAUGUCGACAUCAAGAAGUCGGUCUUUAUUUCGCAGUCGCAUGACAUUUUUACAAAUCUUGCGCUAGAGGAUUGGCUGUACAAGAACUUUGACUUUAGCCGCCACCACGUCCUCCUGUUAUGGGCAAAUGAUCCGUGCGUGGUCAUUGGGCGCCAUCAAAACCCUUUUACUGAAGCGAAUGUGUCGCAGCUGUUGGAACGAGGAGUUACGCUCGCACGCCGUAAUAGUGGUGGUGGUGCCGUCUAUCACGAUCGGGGCAAUCUCAACUGCACCUUUUUUACACCUAGGGAGCGCUACGAUCGCAAGUAUAAUCUAAACAUUGUGACGCGCGCACUCUUCCGCGAGUGGGCCAUCAAAGCUGAGAUAAACGAGCGCGACGACAUUGUAAUAAUGAACAAAAAAAUAUCGGGCACGGCUGCCAAACUGGGUCGCCCGAAUUCUUAUCACCAUUGUACUAUCUUGGCCAGUGCCAAUAAGCUGCAUCUAGGCGAGUCUCUGCUCAAAGAGGAGGCCAACUACAUUAGCCGCGCCACUUCCUCUGUCCGCUCACCCAUCCGUAAUUUGUGUGACAUCAAUCGUAACGUAAACGUAUCGCAGCUUCUCUCAGCCGUGGGAUACGAGUACUUGCGCACAGCAGCCACUUCUCUAGAGGAUGGUGGCAGUGCGCAGACGAUGAACCAGCGCGGUUUUCAACUGAUCAAUCCUACGGAGAAAUGGUUCCCUGGUAUUGAGAAGCUUCGAGCUAGCUAUAGCUGUUGGGAGUGGGUCAUCGGCAAGACGCCCAAGUUCAGUGUGGAGAAGGAUCUUGAAUUAAAGGGCGACGAGCACGGCAUUAAAAUCAAAUUGAACGUCGAUGUAGAAAACGGCCUUAUGACCGACAUAGCUAUUAAGUUACCGCAGAACGAGCAGAGAAUACCUGUUGUGACGCCAUUGCUGGGCAAACCUUAUACCGAGCAGAAUCUGAGGGCCAUCAUUGGUGCGUUGCAGUUGGUUUCCAAAACGAAUGUACAACAAGCUAUGAACGGUUCUAUUUGAGUAUUGCUUUGCUACAAAGGAAUGUUAAAAAUGUUUAGUUAUUAACUAUUUUGUUUUUUACAUGCAUAUAUACUAGCACUCAAAAAGAAAGCAUGUACUAAAAUAUUUGAUUUAAUAAUUCUAUCUAUUCUUUAUAUCUUCAACUGUUUAAAAAUCAUUGCGUUUAAGUGCAAAGUUUCUAUUAAAAAUAUUCUAUACGUAGCAUCUUAUCAUAUUGCGACUAAAACCG